AUGUCACUGUCGAGGUCCGCUUCGGCGACCCCCAAGCCCUCCAAGGGGACCAUCAGUGGGGGAGACAGCGAGCAGCGCUUCCCCGAAAUCAAAACGAUGGAAGAUGUCAUCGCGCAGUUCUUUAACCAGAUCGUGCAAUUCGUCAUUGAGGACAUGGUUGUGGUGGAGAAGAAAGAAGAGGCGCUUGAGGAGAAGAAGGAGAGUUUGGUCAAGGACUAUAAGGAGUUGAAAGCUGAGGAUUUGGUCGAUGCCGAGGUCAAGUGGGCCUCGGGGUCCAAGGUUGCGCUGAGCAAGAAGAGCAGCUCAAGAGGGCUCAAGUCGGGCAGGCCUGGGAGCAGUUUCGCCUCGAAUUUGGACGCUAUUAAGGAGGAAAUCUCCGAAGCGAGUCGAUCUAAAACCUCCACGACCGCGUCGUCUUCCCUGCAAGACAAAAUCGAGGACGAGUACGAAGCUAAAAUCAUCUUCACAAAUGGCAACGUCUACGAAGGGACAAUUUCUAAACAAACCAUGAACGGCAAAGGCCGAUACAUUUGGAAUGAUGGGACUGUGUAUGAGGGUGAUUUUGUAGACGGUUUUCCGACCGGCAAAGGCGAAAUGACCCUGCCCGACCUAAGCCACUACGAGGGGGAGUUCAACCAGGGCCUAUUCCACGGCCACGGUUUCCUCAACAUUGUCUCAACCCCCACUUUUUACAGCGGAGAGUGGCGAAAUGGGUGCAAGCACGGGCAAGGGUGGCUGCUCUACGAGCCCGAGGACUGGUACGAAGGGGGUUGGGCAUACAACUUAAAGGACGGAUUCGGUGUGAGAUUUUACAAAAACGGGGCAAAGUAUCGUGGUUCUUGGCGGGAGGGAAAAUACGACGGGUGUGGAACCCUAAUUUGGGAAAACAAUGACUUUUAUGACGGAGAGUGGAAAAAAGGGUUGAUGCACGGCCAGGGCGAAUACAUCUGGGGGGCUUUCUACAACGAAGCGUUCGCCUUCCCCCCUCAGACAAUUUAUCGCGGGUCGUGGGAGAAGGGCAAACGUUGUGGCGAGGGGAUUAUGCACUUCGGGGAUGAUACGGGAUUAAGGCUGCAAGGGAUUUGGGAUCAGGAUUUUAAGCACGGCGAUGGGUUAUUAAUUUGUGGCAACGGUCGGGUGGUGCAGCAAAAUUUGCUCUUCCAGUUCGACAAACCUAAACCUAAAACUGACUCGCGGUGGUCCAUUCGCAAUUUUUACUACAGCCACAUUUUAGACGUCCCUGUUUUUACGGCCCCCGAAUAUGUAGAUGUGGGAUUUUACGUCGAGAUAAUUUUGUCGAAACUGAACGAUAUUCCCGACGAGAAAUUCAACUUGUUGAGGACGUACGAAGAGAAGUGCAUCCGGUUUACGAUCACUCGGAAUUUACCAAAACUGAAGGAUUUGUACAAGGAUUAUGCCACAAUGGCUGCGAAAAUUAAACUCGACUAUGACCCGAUUAUGAUCAGGUUGUUUUUAUGGCAAUUAUACAAAGACAUGGGAUUAUCGAAGCGCAUCUCUAUAACUCGAGCCGAUGAAAUUCUGGCCGAAAAUCCCAGAAGUUGCCUUGUUAGUAUCCACGACCCGUUCGAGCCGAUUUAUUUUUGGCAAUUUUUAAUGUCAAUCAUUGGGAUUGCUCUGUCCACGGGGUCUUUAGAGGAGACCUACGACAAGUCAAUUGACGGGGGCGUUUGUGCGUUCAUUGUGCAAAAAUUUCUGGACGAAGUUAUUUUUUCAAAGGCUCCAGACCACCAAAGUACAAUUCUCAUGAAUUAUCUCGAUUUGGCCCCAAUUAAAGCCGUUUAUGCGCUUUAUAAAAAAAUCGGGGAACCCCACUCAGCUCGGACUUUUUUAAAACAAACUUGCACGAAAAAAGGGGAGUCCCCGGUAGCGUGCCAUUUGGAACUGAGGUUGCAAAAAGCGCGGCCUUUGUUCGGAACCAAUAUAGUGCCACUCGAUGAGCACAUCACGUACGAAAAAGAACGAGUCGCCGAUUUCGAUGAAAAGAUAAGACACCACUGGACAAAUCUCUUCGAUUUCCGUCAUUUGGGCCCCAGAAAUGUGAUGCGUUGUUUGGCUACGGCUUGUCCUCUAGUCAUGGACGAUAAUCUCGUGGUUAACGUCGACUAUCCACUUACGUUUCUCGAGUUUUACGAAACUUUGCUAACUUGUAUUUUUAUGGUUUUGGAAUUGGAAUUGAAAAAAGAACAGAAGAUUCUAUCACAAAGUAUUACCCCCGCACCCAGUGUUCCAUCGUCGCCGAAAGUCAAAACUGUUGAGUCGAAAAAGAAACUUCCAAAAGAAAAGAAACAAAAGAAAAAGAAGAAGAAAUAAAAUAUUAAAGUGAUCGAGUUAUGUAACCAAAACCAUUGUUUUGUACACAGUUCAAGGGGACAAGAAAAACGAAGUAAAUAGUUUUAAAAACAUUUUAUUGUGAACAUUGUUACAUUUUCCAAUAAUAAAUCAUAAAGUAUGGCAAGCA